AUGGCGGACUUUGACUUCGACGGAGAAGACGCAAGCUCUGGCUCAGGUUUCACAAUCCCAGUCCCUACAGACGCGGAUUUAGAAAAGAUGAUUUCAUCAGCGCGCGCAACAUACUUGGACCCGAAGGCCUUGGCCGACCGCGGCCCAAAGAAGGCGCCGAACCAGUUCAUUCUAUUUCGAGGUGCCUACCAGACACUUUUAGGCAGCGGGGUCCACAAAGACGACGUAAGGUCCCAGAUCGGCUCACUGUGGAUGAGGGAGAUUCCGGAGAAUUGGAAGACAUGUUGGCAGCGUCUAUGGGAGGAGAUAAAGAACGCGCAGGGGCAAGUGCGACGGGGGACUUCCGGUACGCCCCCAUCAGAUUCCCCCUCCCCCCUCGCGCACGAGAAGCGGCAGAAAAAGCAGCGUCGGGUCCUCCGCGGUAUCCCCAUGUCGACCGCAGAGCAUUCUCGUCCAUCUCCCGGUGGUAUGACCGUUGCGCGGCACCACCCGUACGCCCCGCCGGCGAGUGGCAGUGCGUUCGGGACGGCCACUUCCUUCCGCACGAAUGGCAAACGCUCGACUUCGACGACCCCGUACGCCCCCUCCAUUUCGCCAGCAUCCUCGCGCGUCCCACCGCCGCCAAGUCAUGUCGUCGUCGCAGCCGACCUGGCGCUCCCGUUCUUGCCGCUUAGGACAGAGUCGCUUGUCGAGCUUGUGGACCGUACGGACAAAGACCAGGACCGCUUGAUGGCUGCCGAACGCGCCUUCCAGGCGUACAAGCUCGACUUGCAGCGCCAAGCGAACGAGAAUUGCACCAAGCGCAAUGGCAAGCUUCCCACAACGGCCUCUGGGAGGAACGUCACACCCGCAUGGAUACCACCCAAGAUCAGCCUCGAGGAACCUGCGGCCAGACCCAGCUUCUCGCAAUGCAGCUCCAGCGGUAGUUCUGGGGCGUCCUACUACCUGGCGACGGCAAGCGACCUCCAGAGCAACUUUGGCUACGCUACCAUCGGUGACACUACACUUCAGCAACAGGCGCUUCCGACUCCGCAACCCGUACCUGCGCCCGGGAUGAUGCCGGACGUGCAGGUGUACAAGCCAGCAAUGCUCGACAAGUCGCUGGCGCAGCUAUCCCGGGGAUCGAAUCGCGUUCAAGCUCCCUCUGCCAUGCAGCCACCUUUCCCUCAGUACUCGGGGCCGUUUACUCAAGCGUCGUUCACCAUGCCCCAGACGUCCCUUCCCUUGCCUCUGUUCUCCCAACCACUGCGGAUACCUUUCCCCCGAAGCCAGGAAUUUCUUCAACUGCCUCAGAACGCGUUUGAGUCCCGGCCGUUCGCAGGCCCAUCCGCCCCCUUGGGCCCCAGCGUCGAAGCGUUCAAUCCGUACAUCCACCUCGUCCCACAGAUGACGUGCAUGCACCCGACGCGCACCGCGAACCCAGCCUUCAACGACCUCUCCUCGAUGCGCCUCGCCGCUUUGAGUGGUUCCCCUCCCAUGCCACCCACCUUCCCUGACAUGCCGCAGUCCCACAUGAACACCUCGUCGGAGACGUCCCUCGUGAACGACGCACUUGCCCCCUCGGGAAGUGCCGAGUACCACCCCGCGCAGCCGACGGGACUCGAUCGGUACGCUCCAGAGUUCACGCCGAGCCUGUACGAUUCGGGGUGCGUGAACAGCGCCGAGUUUGGCGGGAUGUUCGAGUCGCUCGAGGGCGAACAGCGCGCAGAUGCGCAGCCGUUGACGGACGACGCCCAGGCCAUGUGGGAUCUGUACAUUAACCCUACAGGCGGAGAUAUAUACCCAUAG